AUGUCAACUUCUGCUGGAACGCCUACAUCGGCCCAUGCGCCACUCUCAAUUGCUCCUGCAAGCACUCCACAUCAACGAUCACUUUCGGUGAAACCUCUAGCUGCUGCCCCGUCACCAGCACCGGUCACUCAAUGCUCGAUUACCUCCAAGGAAUGGAUCGUUCCUCCGCGCCCCAAACCAGGCCGUAAGCCUGCCACAGAUACACCUCCUACCAAACGCAAAGCUCAAAACCGGGCAGCACAGAGGGCCUUUCGAGAACGAAGAGCUGCGAGAGUGGGAGAACUAGAAGAGCAGAUCAAGAAAAUCGAGGAAGAGAAUGAGCGUGAGGAAGCUGCUCUGAAGAAGACCAUCCAACAACAGCAACAGCAGAUAGAGGAAUACAAGAGCCAGUUACUGUGGUGGAAGAAUCGGUGCAAAGCUGUGGAGGAUGAGCUCAUGACCGAAAAAGUCGCCAAGGAAGACGCUAUUAAACAGCUUGAGAGAAUCAACAAUUCCGGAAGAACAACGAACAAUGGCAACUCUGUCAUCGGUGGGUGCGAAAGGUGUUCCUCCACGCGAUGUCAGUGUAUUGAUGAUGCAUUCAACAUCGCCAACAUCACGCAGAUGCAGACGGAUGAUCCCCAUUCCAAACGGGGCAGGUCGCCAUCACAAGGAGCCACUCAAAAGCGUCACCGAUCUAAUCCCGAGAUCAAAACAGAGCCUGAAGACCUAGAAACCGACUUCACCCAUUCGUUCUCCCUCAGAAGACAUUCACGAACAGGGAACGAUGCUACCACACCUAUACUGUUAGAUCCAUGUGGCUUCUGCCAGGAUGGCUCGCCAUGCAUCUGUGCAGAAAUGGCAGAGGAUCAACCAAGUGACAGAAGCAAUCAACCUUCACAAUUGACCAAGCUCCCACCUAUUCAGAAUAUAUCACAAUUUACCCCACCUCCUUCCGAAGGGGACGUUCUCUCAAAGUCAGCUACGUUGGUGUCGAGCAAUAAAAGCAAUCCCUGCGCCAAUGGACCCGGAACUUGCGCUCAAUGUCUUGCAGAUCCCCGCAGCUCGGUUUUCUGUAAGAGCCUUGCUGCCUCUCGUGCAUCUACUCGUCAGGAAGGCGGGUGCUGUGGAGGUGGCGGUGGAAAGGAUGGAUGCUGCAAAAACCGAUCAUCUGGUUCAGACUCGUCCAAGCAGGCUACAUCUCCAAUUACGCUCAGCUGUGCUGAUACAUUUACUACCCUAUCUCUGCAUCCAAAGUUCGCUUCUGCAUCAAAUGAAUUGAGCAAUUGGAUACCCCAGCUGCAUACCCUUCCUAAUCCACAAAACCUCAAUCCUGACCGGCGACGGGACCAAAACCUUACCAACCGGCCUGCCUUGGAGGUCGAAGCCGCAAGUGUUAUGGGCGUCUUGCGAUAUUUUGAUCGAAGAUUUGCUGAUUCUAAGUAA